AUGGAGCUGGUCGAUGUGAUGGACGAGCACUGCCGCGCGCUGUACGGCACCGGCGAUGCGCCCGUUGUGGACGAAGAUGAUAUGGAUGCGCUGAGGAAUGGAGCGCCGCCCGCCGCGGCGCCUCCUCCUCCGGCCGCCGACGACAUUGAAGCGCAGAUCCGCGGCGAGUUGGCUCAGCUGCGUGCUCCCAAGACGCGUUCGACGCGCCUCGUGUCCCUCGAGACGGACACCGAGUGCCUGUGUUUUAUCAAGUGUGCGCCGCCCGUGGAUGCAGGGCGAGUCAUCCGGCGCGUGUUGGAAGACGUUGAAAAGACGGGCGAGUCGCGUUCUCGGUUCGUCCAGCGCCUCGCGCCUGUCAACACGCUCUGCCGCGCCGAGACCGAGGCGAUCCGGACGGCUGCGACGCAUGUCCUGCCGCGUUUCUUUACGUCGGAGCGCCCGAGGACGUAUCGUAUUGAGCCCCGUAUCCGCUCGCACACUUCGCUGUCGCGCGACACGCUCAUCCCCCUGAUUGCCUCGUGCAUCCCCGACAAUGCGGCGCACCGCGUGGACCUCGCCAAUGCCGAGAUUGUGAUUCUCGUCGAGGUGCUCAAGAAUGUGUGUGGAAUCGGUGCGAUGGAAGACUACGAGCGGCUCGGCAAGCUCAAUGUCCAGACGCUCGCGCAGCGUGCCCAGAACCUCGCACCGUCGCGUGUCGGCGACGGCAAGGCGAAGAAAGACGAGGACGCGGCGGAGCAGGAAAAGGUCACCGAGACUCUUACGCACGACGUGCCUCGGGCGGCGGAUGCCGAGGUGGAGAGCGCACAAGACCCCUGA